GAGGGCGGGGUUCUAUGCAAAAUGGCGUCGCUGCUUCAGCUGGAGAGGGUGCUGUAUUUGGUACACGGUGAGAAGGAGAUUCGGGCGCCGCUGUCUCAGCUCUACUUCUGCCGAUACUGCAGUGAGCUGCGUUCCCUGGAAUGUGUCUCUCACGAGGUGGACUCACACUACUGUCCCAGCUGUUUGGAAAAUAUGCCGUCAGCUGAGGCAAAGCUGAAGAAGAACAGGUGUGCCAACUGUUUUGACUGUCCCUGCUGUAUGCACACACUCUCUACCCGGGCCACUAGCAUUCCGGCUCCACUUCCUGAUGACCCGGCCAAAACCACCAUGAAAAAGGCCUAUUAUCUGGCCUGUGGGUUUUGCCGCUGGACCUCCAGAGAUGUUGGUAUGGCGGAUAAAUCUGUGGCUAGCGGCGGGUGGCAAGAACCUGAGACCCCAUACACCCAGAGGAUCAACAAACUUUUGGAGUAUUACCAACAACUGGCACAGAAAGAGAAGAUAGAGCGUGACCGUAAGAAGCUGGUGCGACGUAGAAACUACAUGCCCCUGGCAUUUUCUCAACACACUAUUCAUGUAGCGGACAAGUAUGGCCGUGGUACGAGGCUCCAGCGUCAAAGACCAGGCGUUCCCAUCACACCCCUAUCUGGACUGACUCUGAAAGAAGGGGAAGAUCAAAAGGAGAUAAAAAUUGAGCCAGCACAGGCAGUGGAUGAAGUGGAGCCUCUCCCUGAAGACUAUUACACCAGACCUAUCAAUCUAACUGAAGUUACUACCCUGGACCAGCGCCUGCUACAGCCUGACUUCCAGCCCAUCUGUGCCUCUCAGCUUCACCCUCGCCACAAACAUCUCCUCAUCAAGCGAUCUCUUCGAUGCCGGAAAUGUGAGCAUAAUCUGAGCAAACCAGAAUUUAACCCCACAUCUAUUAAAUUUAAGAUUCAGCUGGUUGCAGUGAGCUAUGUGCCAGAAGUGAGGAUUAUGUCAAUUCCAAACUUGCGCAACAUGAAGGAGAGCCAGGUUCUGCUGACUCUGACUAACCCUGUGGAGAACCUCACUCAUGUGACGCUAAUGCCAUGUGAAGAGGGGGAUCCCUAUGACAUCAACAGUACCGCUAAGGUGGUUGUGCCUACAAAGGAGCUGGUCCUGGCUGGCAAAGAUGCUGCUGCAGAGUAUGAUGAAUUGGCAGAGCCGCAGGAGUUCCAAGAUGACCCAGAUGUUGUCGCCUUCAGGAAAGCCAAUAAAGUGGGGGUGUUUAUAAAGGUUACCCCACUGCAAGAAAAAGGAAAGGUGAUAGUAAGCUUCAAGCUUAAGCAUGACUUCAGAAACCUGGCUGCUCCAAUCCGACCUGUAGAAGACAAUGAGACCGUCUCCGAGGCUGUGUGGCUGACGCACCAUGUAGAGCUUGACUUGGGCCCUGUGGUACAGACGGCCCCCUAG